AUGGCUUCCUUCUGUGAGACCCACGUGAGUCAGCACUACACUGCUCCAGCACUGCAGAGACACAGGCUGGUGGAGGCCACUGGAGACCUGGAGCAGAGACUGUGCCCACAGCACCACAGAGAGCUGGAGUUCUACUGCAGGACUGACCAGACCCCAGUAGACCCUUUCCCUAGAGGAAACCUGACUGGUAAACAGCAGCUAAUAGAAAAAGGCCCUCCAGAUUGUUACCUGCUUCCAACGGAGAAAGGCAACAUUGAUGAGGAGGGAAAAGUCAGAAGAUGGACUUUUGGAAAAAGAGACGCAAGCAAAGCUGUUAAAAACAUCCUUGUAGUUGGGGAAACAGGAACAGGGAAAACUACACUCAUUAACACCAUAGUCAACUACAUAUUAGGGGUCAAAAGAGGGGAUGGGGUCUGGUUUCAGAUCACAGAGGAGGACAAACAGAAGUCUCAGGCCAAAUCUCAAACGACUGCUAUCACAGUUUAUGAGGUGUUUGUGGAAACAAGCUCUUUAGCUCUGAGAAUCAUUGACACUCCAGGUUAUGGAUCUACUGAUGGGAUCGAGGAUGAUCAGAAAAUGCCAGAGAAAUUGCAUGAGUUGUUCAGAUCUGAAGAUGGCAUUCGUGAAAUUAAUUCUGUAUGUCUGGUGGUGAAAACAGGCUGUAAUCGGCUAACAGAGUUUCAGCUGUAUAUCUUUGAUGCCAUUCUUUCCCUAUUUGGUGAAGACAUUAAAGAGAACAUAGUGGUGAUGAUCACACAUUCAGAUGGAAUGUCUAAUGACGUUUUCACAGCCCUGGAUGAAGCUAGAGUUCCUUAUGCUAAAUAUGCCAAUGGGGAACCACUUCAUUUCAUAUUCAACAACCGGCAAUCAAAGGGCUACAAGGGUGAAGAUGAAGACAUGUUUCAGAAGGCAUGGGACUUCAGUUACAACAAUAUGGAGAAGUUUUUAGUUUUUCUGAGUGAUGUUGAGGUGAAAGAGCUUAAUUUGACAGAGGAAGUGCUGCGAGAGCGCAAGAGGCUGGAAGCCAUUGUCUCCAACCUACAAGAUGCCAUCAAGAUGGAGGAGCUGAAACAGAAUGAGCUCAAGCAGACCCAAAGAGCCCUGGAGGAAAACAAAGAGAAAUGUGAGAACAAUGAAGACUUCACCUACGAAGUUGAUGAGCCUUACAAAGACAAGUCCCCACUACAGUUGCCAUGGUGGAAAUUUACAACAAAAGCAACGUGCUGCACCAUCUGUAAGGAGAACUGCCACUAUCCAGGCUGCUGUUCUUAA